CCCCAGACCCCUCUCCAGCCUGGGCAGCCCUUCAAGUUCUCGGUCCUGGAAAUCUGCGAUCGCAUCAAGGAGGAAUUUCAGUUCCUGCAGGCCCAGUACCACAGCCUGAAGCUGGAAUGUGAGAAGCUGGUGAGCGAGAAGACGGAGAUGCAGAGACAUUAUGUCAUGUACUAUGAGAUGUCCUACGGGCUGAACAUUGAAAUGCACAAGCAGGCAGAGAUUGUCAAGAGACUGAGUGCCAUCUGUGCCCAGAUUAUACCCUUUCUGACACAGGAGCACCAGCAGCAGGUCCUACAGGCUGUGGAGCGGGCCAAGCAGGUGACCAUGGGGGAGCUGAACAGCAUCGUUGGG